GAUUAUACCCUUUCUCUAUUAAACCUGGAAUUCCGCAUGCCCGCUGCGGUCUUCGCUCUGGGACACGUCGAUGCGGCGCAGAUUGUGGAUCUGUUGGAGCAGCAUCUGCAUUGGCGGGGACCGCCGUUGGAUGUGCAACGCAUUGACCAUUUUAUGGCGAGUCUGAUCGACAACAGCGUGAAUGCCAAGAAAGCGAUAAAGAUUCUCCGGGACUACCAAUCCUGCGAUCCGCGUCCGUCGGCACACUACCAAGGACGGGAAUGGAGUGCGAACAAUGCGUUCGCUAUUGAUGUACGCAAACUGAACCGAUUCUGCUUGUACGCCUUAUCACGCUUCAUCUACAGCAUGACGGCUUCUUAGGUUAUUCUAAAUUAUUGUUAGGUUAGUCUUAGGUUUUUCUUUGGCUAUUCUUAGGUUUCUAGGUUAUUCUCAGGUUUCUUAUGGUU